AUGGCGCUGCUCCGCCUCCACCUCCUCCGGCCGCCGCCUGCUCCGCUCGCCGCCUUCUCCUCCCCCUGGCGCCGCGCCCUCCCAACCACCAGGCCCGCUGCACCCGCCUCCCGCCUCCUCUGCUCCAACCACCCCGCCUCCCCCUCCUCCCCCUCCUCGCCCUCCAUCGUCGGCGGCCUGCUCGACUACCUCAACGAGUCGUGGACGCAGUUCCACGCCACCGCCGAGGCCAAGAGGCAGCUGCUCGCGGCAGGGUUCGAGCUGCUCAGCGAGAACGGCGACUGGGACCUGCAGCCCGGUGGCCGCUACUUCUUCACUCGCAACAUGUCCUGCCUGGUCGCCUUUGCAGUCGGGCAAAAGUACAGAGUUGGUAAUGGUUUCAAUAUAAUUGCAGCCCACACUGAUAGUCCAUGCCUCAAGCUGAAGCCAAGGUCUGCUUCCUUCAAAUCUGGCCAUCAAAUGGUAGGUGUGCAGACAUAUGGAGGUGGGUUGUGGCACACAUGGUUUGAUAGAGAUCUAACUUUGGCCGGGCGAGUCAUCCUCAAGGCUCCAGAUGGUUCAUUUAAGCAUAAGCUUGUCAAAGUGAACAGACCACUCAUUCGCGUACCGACACUGGCUAUACAUCUUGACCGCACAGUGAAUUCUGAAGGAUUCAAGCCUAAUCUAGAGAGUCAUCUGGCUCCACUUCUUGCAACAAAAUGUGAAGAAACCACUGUCAGUUCUGAUGACAAAAAAGGUUCAAGUUCCACAAGGACUGUUCAUCAUCCACUACUAUUGCAAGUUCUUUCAGAAGAAAUUGGUUGUGGAUCGGAUGAAAUUAUUGGUAUGGAGUUGAACGUGUGUGAUACCCAACCUAGCUGCCUUGGUGGAGGCAAGAACGAGUUCAUUUAUUCUGGUAGAUUGGAUAAUCUUGCUUCAUGUUAUUGUGCGCUGAAAUCCCUCAUGGACUCUUCCAAGAUACCAGAAGAGUUAUCCAACGAGAAGGGUAUAAGAAUGAUUGCGUUGUUUGAUAAUGAAGAGGUUGGUUCAAAUUCAAUGCAAGGGGCAGGUGCACCAACCAUAUUCCAGGCCAUGAGACGAAUUGUUGACUCCUUGAUGCAUCAGUCCAUGGGGGAGGGGGCUUUAGAGCGUGCACUAACUUCUUCUUUCCUUGUUUCCGCGGAUAUGGCUCAUGCCCUGCACCCAAACUAUCCAGACAAGCAUGAAGAGUACCACAGACCUGAACUACAAAACGGACUUGUUAUCAAGCAUAAUGCUAACCAACGUUAUGCCACAAGUGCUGUAACAGCUUUUCUCUUCAAAGAAAUAGCUCGAAUUCAUAACCUUCCCGUCCAGGAAUUUGUUGUAAGGAAUGAUAUGGGUUGUGGCUCAACUAUCGGUCCCAUACUUGCUUCCGGUGUUGGCAUACGGACUGUUGAUUGUGGUAUUCCUCAGCUUUCCAUGCACAGCGUUCGGGAAAUGUGUGGCAAAGAAGACAUAGACACCACAUACAAGCACUUCAAAGCUUUCUUCGAGAUGUUCUCGGACAUUGACCAGAAACUGAAUGUAGACUUUUAG